AUGCCAUAUCAACUCCUCUUGAUCACCUUGUUUCUCUUUUGUAUUUUCUCCACAAAUCAUGCAUGCAACCAAAUAGACCGCCACUCUCUCUCGUCCGUAGCCUUCAACACUAUGUCUUCUCCUCCGCUAAAUUGGUCUUCCAUUGAUUGUUGCCAGUGGGAAGGCAUUUCUUGUGAUCAAGAACGUCAAGUCACCCAUAUUUGGUUACCUUCUAAAGGCCUCAUCGGGAGUAUAUCUCACUCUCUUGGAAACCUCACACAAGUCUCUCACCUCAAUCUCUCUCACAAUUCACUUUCGGGUCCUCUCCCUAAAGGAUUGUUUUCGUCCAUGAAUCAACUCAAGGUCCUUGAUUUGAGCUACAACCGUCUAUUUGGAGAUAUAUAUGCUUGGCCUGCCUCCAUUCAAAUUGUUGACAUAUCUAGCAAUCAAUUCAAUGAGACAAUCCAAUCUUCAUCACUUCAAAGAGCAUGGAGGUUGACCGAGCUCAAUGUCAGCAACAAUAGUUUUAUGGUCCCUAUUCCUUCCUUUCCUUGCAUAAAUUCUUCUUUGGUCAUCCUCCUCGAUUUCUCUCUUAAUCAUCAUAGUGGCCAUAUUCCUAGUGGACUCGGGGCAUGUUCCAAAUUAAAAGUUUUUCGGGCAGGUUUUAACUCUCUCUCAGGACCUCUUCCUGAUGAUAUGUACAAUGCGACGGAGUUAGAAGAAAUUUCCUUACCUUCCAAUGAUCUUUCAGGACCCAUUAGUAGUGACAUCGUGAACCUUACAAAACUAACCAACCUUGAGUUAUAUAGAAAUGAAUUGAGCGGCAAGAUCCCUGUGGAUAUCAGAAAGCUCCCCAAAUUAAAAUACCUACUACUUGAUAGGAACUCCUUAACAGGUUCUUUGCCCCCAUCUUUGGUAAAUUGCACAAAUCUCACUAAAUUGAUUUUAUUGUUCAAUUUCAUUGAAGGAGACAUCUCUACCUUUAAUUUCUCUGGUCUUCAUCAACUUACUGUAAUAGAUUUGGGGUAUAAUAACUUCUCCGGUAACUUGCCAGUUAACCUUUACUCAUGCACAUCCCUAAUAGCAGUUCGACUCAGCAAAAACCGACUAGGCGGACAAAUCUCGCCUGAGGUAGUUCAAUUGAAAUUCUUAUCUUUCUUUUCAGUUUCUUACAACAAGCUAACCAAUAUCAUAGGCGCAAUCCAGAUUCUGAUGUGUUGCAAGACACUCACUGUAGUCCUCCUUGGAGGUAAUUUUCUACAUGAGGCAAUACCAGGUGAUGACACUAUAGUUGGUUCUGAUGGAUUUGAAAAGGUCCGAGUUUUGAGUCUUAGUGAUUCCAAAUUGACUGGCGAAUUGCCUAUAUGGCUAUCUAAGUUUAAGAAGCUAGAAUAUCUAAAUCUAAAACGCAAUCGUAUCAGGGGUUCAAUUCCUGGUUGGUUGUCGACUCUUCCAAGGCUCUUCGCUGUGUACUUAUCCGAUAACCUCAUUUCAGGCGAAUUUCCAAAGGAACUUUGUGCAUUGCCGGCAUUAAUGUCACCAAAGGCUAUAGUAGACAACAAUAAAUUGGAUUUACCAAUUUUUGUCUCAACAAUUACUACCCAAUACAAUUUUCUCUCCAACAUGGAACCAGUAAUUUUUGUUGCAAACAACAAUCUUAGUGGCAACAUCCCCGUUGAGAUCGGCAGUUUGAAGUUUCUCCAUGCUUUGGAUCUCAAUCAUAACAACUUCUCAGGCAACAUUCCAGACCAACUGUCUCAGCUCACAAACUUGGAAGAAUUGGACCUCUCUGCGAAUCGGUUGUUCGGCGAAAUUCCGGCAUCACAAAGUAGUCUUAACUUCUUGUCUCAUUUUAGUGUUGCAAACAACAAUUUGCAUGGACUAAUACCAUCAGGCACUCAGCUUCAGAGCUUUGAUGUCUCUGCAUAUGAGGGCAACCCUGGACUCUGUGGCCCGCCACUUCCACAUGAGUGUUCCCAUAUUGUUAACAACAACAGAGACAUUCGGGAUGAGGAGAAUGGGCAUAGAAUCCCAUGGUUUUCAAUUACUAUGGUUCUUGGCUUCAUUACAGGUUUUUGGGGAGUUUGUGGUCCAUUGGUUAUUAGUUAUAAAUGGAGAGUUGCAUAUUUCCGAUUCAUGGACCACGUAAAAGAUAGGUGUAUAAUCCUAUUCUUCAAAAUUGCUUAUUAG